CCGUCACUCGCACUUCCCGUUCCCCUGUGCGCGGCUCGGAGGCAGCGAGAAGCCGCGGCGAGGCGGGGGCUCGCGGUUUCCCAGUUUUUCUUUUAACAGUUUUUGAUGUCAGAACUGGGAUCCAAAAGAGACCUUCAGUGACCCACAGGAGCACCGAGUGACCAAGUGAAGGCCCACUGUGCCUGUUGCCUUCUCGCUGCAACUGGAGGUUGUGGCAGGAAGAGAAGGUUUUGAUGGUCGGAGUGUCCCUCAACCCAGCAAACCACCUUGCUCUGCCUGGGGUUUCCAACAUCCUUCCUGCGUGCUAGUGGUUGAAUCAUUGGACAAUGCCAUAUGCUUUGUGGAUGGCGUGGGCCUUGGGGGCUGUCAUUAGCCUCUCCAACAAAGGGUCCUUUGGUCAGGCUUCUCUGACUUGUGACUCCACUGGUGUCUGUGUUGGCCACUCGAGCUCUUUAAACUCCAUUCCCUCAGGGCUUACAGCAGCUGUGAAAAGUCUUGACCUGUCCAACAACAAGAUCACCUAUAUUGGCAAAAGUGACCUGCAGAGGUGUGUGAACCUCCAGGCUCUGGUGCUAAAGUCCAAUGGAAUUAACACAAUAGAGGAAGAUUCUUUUUUUUCCCUGGGCAGUCUGAAACAUUUGGACUUAUCCUAUAAUGACUUAUCUAAUUUAUCAUCCUCCUGGUUCAGGCCCCUUUCUUCCUUGGAGUCCUUAAACUUACUGGGAAAUCCUUACAAAACACUCGGGGAAACAUCUGUCUUUUCUCAUCUCACAAAUUUGCGAACCCUAAGAGUGGGAAAUACUAACAGCUUCACUAAGAUUCAGAGAAAGGAUUUUGCUGGACUCACCUUUCUUCAGGAACUUGAGAUUGAUGCUUCAGCUCUACAGAGUUAUGAGCCAAAAAGUUUGAGGUCGAUUCAGAACGUAAGUAAUCUGACCCUUCGUAUGAGUGAGCCUAUCUUACUACUGGAGAUUUUUGUAGAUCUUUUAAGUUCCGUGGAAUGUGUGGAACUGAGAGAUGUUGAUUUGUAUAAUUUCCAUUUUUCAGAACUCUCCAUCAAUGAAACAAAUCCAUUGAUUAAAAAGUUUACAUUGAGAAAUGUGAAAAUGACCGAUGAAAGUUUGGCUGAGGUUCUAAAACUUAUGACUUAUGCUUCUGAAUUGUUAGAGUUAGAGUUUGAUGACUGUACCCUUGAUGGAGUAGGUGAUUUUAGUACAUUUGAUGAAGACAUAAUUAAAGAUCCAGGUAAAGUAGAAACAUUAACUAUACGGAGGUUGCGUAUUUUACAUUUUUAUUCAUUUAAUGAUCUGAGGACAGUAUAUUCACUUACAGGAAGAGUUAAAAGAAUCACAGUAGAAAACAGUAAGGUUUUUCUGGUUCCUUGUUUACUUUCACAACAUUUAAAAUCAUUAGAAUACUUGGAUCUCAAUGAAAAUUUGAUGUUAGAGGAACAGUUGAAAAAUUCAGCCUGUGAGGAUGCCUGGCCCUCUCUACAUACCUUAAUUUUAAGGCAAAAUCAUUUAACAUCAUUAGGAAAAACUGCAGAGAUUUUGCUUACUCUGAAAAACCUGACUCACCUUGAUAUCAGUAAGAAUAAUUUUCAUUCUAUGCCUAAAACUUGUCAGUGGCCAGAAAAGAUGAAAUAUUUGAACUUAUCCAGCACACGAAUACACAAUUUAACCUACUGCGUUCCCCAGACACUGGAAAUUUUAGAUGUCAGCAGUAACAACCUCAAUUCAUUUUCUGUGACUUUGCCACAACUCAAAGAACUUUAUAUUUCCAAAAAUAAGUUGAAGACUCUACCAGAUGCCUCCUUCUUACCCGCAUUACUGGUGUUGAGCAUCAGAACGAACACAAUAACUACUUUUUCUAAGGGGCAACUUGAUUCUUUUCACAAACUGAAAACUUUGGAAGCCAGUGGCAAUGCCUUCAUUUGCUCCUGUGAGUUCGUCUCUUUCACCCGGGAGCAGCAAGCAUUGGCCAAGGUCUUCAUCAAUUGGACGGAAAACUACCUGUGUGAUUCUCCAUCCCACGUGCGGGGCCAGCGGGUUCAGGAUGUCCGUCUCUCGGUGUCUGAGUGUCACAGGGCAGCACUGGUGUCUGGCAUGUGCUGUGCCCUCUUCCUGUUGAUCCUGCUCACUGGGGUGCUGUGCCACCGUUUCCACGGAGUGUGGUACAUGAAAAUGAUGUGGGCCUGGCUCCAGGCCAAAAGGAAGCCCCGGAAGGCUCCCAGGAGGGACAUCUGUUACGAUGCCUUUGUUUCUUACAGUGAACAGGAUUCCUACUGGGUGGAGAACCUGAUGGUCCAGGAGCUGGAGAAUUUCAACCCCCCCUUCAAGUUGUGUCUUCAUAAGCGGGACUUUAUUCCUGGCAAGUGGAUCAUCGACAAUAUCAUUGACUCCAUCGAAAAGAGCCACAAAACUGUCUUUGUGCUCUCUGAAAACUUUGUGAAGAGUGAGUGGUGCAAGUACGAACUGGAUUUCUCCCAUUUUCGGCUCUUUGAUGAGAACAAUGAUGCUGCCAUUCUCAUUCUUCUGGAGCCCAUCGAGAAGAAAGCCAUUCCCCAGCGCUUCUGUAAGCUGCGGAAGAUAAUGAACACCAAGACCUACCUGGAGUGGCCCAGUGACGGGGCUCUGCAGGAGGGGUUCUGGUUCAACUUGAGGGCUGCACUAAAGUCCUAGGUUCCUAUGUGGAAGGCCAGUCUUGGUCUAGUCGGGGUCUUUAUAUCACUAGUUGUAACCGAGUUCAUUCCAACAUAGUUGUAUGAAAAGCACAUGAAUGGACUGUCAUUUGAGGACUUGCUUACUAAAACUACUAAAACAAUUCAAAUUGUAUCUACUGUGCUGUUUUAUAAAAACUUGCCAGAUUAGAAAAAAAGCGAUUUUCGUUUUCUGUAUUCUAUGAGAUAAUCAUUAUCUAAAUCCAUUAUUGAUACCUGAAUAAAGUCCUCCCUCAGUAUCUGAGGGGGUUCUAGGUAUAAAAAAAUGUGUUCACAGAUGUUCAAAUCCCUUAUGUAAGUGGCAUAGUAUUUCUAUGUAACCUACACUAUAUCAUCCUGUAUACUUUAAAUCAUCUCUAGAUUGCUUAUAAAAUCUAAUACAAUGCAAAAACUAUGUAACUAGCUAUUGUACUGUGGUUUUAAAAAUUUGUAGUAUGUUUUAUUGUGGUAUUGUUAAUUUUUAUUUUAAAAUUUGUUUUAGAAUAUUUCUGACCCAUGGUUGGUUGAGUCCAUGGCUGGGAAGCUGUGCAUAGGAAGGACUGACUAUAAUCUGUAGCAAUCGGCUCACUUCAUUAGCAAAUGGCACAAACCAACUGAAGAUUUCCAAUGACUGUGUCAAGUCAGUCAGAUCCUGCUAAGAUACCCUUGUGUGGCUACAGAGGGCAUUCUCUGUCCCACCCAAACUGUCACCUCUGUGCUCCUGUUCUCGAGAACAACAAUGCAAACUGUUUGAGGCAGUCAGCCAAACUUGUUGCUAUUCCUAGAGAAGAGUGCUGUGUGUUCCCAUUAAACUUUACAGGAUGCAAAAUAUACCUAGAGGGUAUAUUUUUAUGUGAACUGGAUCUGUCUUUGUGGCUAUUUGAUAGGUUUCUCCAGCCAUGGUUACUUGAGAGAGGGCGCAUAACACAAGGUACAGUAAAUUAUGUCUUUCUGGGAAAGCAAAACUCUCGAGGUAAAUCAAAUACUCAGUUAAGACGAAUUGAAAAGAAGCCUCCCAUGUCCUGACUCUGAUCUUCCUCAGCCUUGAACUACCUGAUAGGUUCUGAUUAGUGUUUAGUCACUCUGGUUCUCAAUUCCUGUUUUCUAGUUUGUUUCCUCUACAUCUUGUUGCUUUUUUCUUCUUUAACAAGUCUUGUUUUGAUUCUAAAAAGACCAUCCUUUUUUUUUUCUUCUGAAAAUCAAAGAAGUACAUAUGAGCUACAUAGAUUGUUAAACAAGUGUCUACCUAGAGGUUCCUCAUAGUGACUCAACAUUAGUUUGUUACACAAUAAUUUAAAGAUAGAUACUACUACUACAUGUUAAUUUUUAUAAUCUAGAUUUAAUAACACUAUACAUUAAAUUUUGAUGCAACA